AUUCAGACUAACUGCAGCGAAUGAUUAUGAUUUUUAAUUACUUCCUGGACUAAGAAUACUUGGUAAUUUUAAGAGCUGGGAUUCAGUAAGUGACACUUUGCACAAUACAAUGUAUCGGAAUACUUUAUGUAAAUAGCUAACAGUCCACCAUAGUUCAAAGAUCUCCAUAGAACAAAGAUGCAAAACAGAAAACUAAAUUCUGGAAAUUACGCUGUGUGAAUCUAUUCCGAGAUUUCGAAGAGCCUCGUUUUGAAUAGAUUAUGAGAUAUAUAAUGCAAUUGCUAGUGAAUUGUUGACCAAGUGGUACUUAAAGAAUAAUUGCAAUGAGUUCUCCAGUUUAUAAACCUGCUGUCGGUAAAAAUGGUGAACAUUAUAACGCUGCAUAUGAGGGAGAAGAAACAAAUACUAAUCUAAGCUCAAGUGACACCAGUAAUACCAGCAGCGAGCCUUAUGCAUCUUUCUCGGCUGACCAACUUGCUUAUAUCAGACGUCAUGGAUCAAAUCAGGAGAUAAAUUCCCCGACAAGCAGCAUAAAUUUGAAUCCCGAUAAAAAUGAUGUGACAAAAGAGAAGUGUAUGACAAAACCUGGUAUUCAUGUCCCUUCAAACGAAAACGUAGACGAUCCUACUUAUAUCCGAGAUAGUGGAUCAUAUCAGGAUAUAAAUUCCCCGACAAGCAGCAUAAAUUCGAAUCCCGGUAAAAUUGACGUUACAACAGAGAAGUUUAUGACAAAGCCUGGUAUACAUGUCCCUAUCAACAAAAACGAUUUUCCUGAUUUCAACAACAGAAAUUUAAAAGCGGAUUUCUAUCGACGGCAAAAGACCGAAGAUAUUUCAUGGCGAGAUAGUUUGACGUGGCCAGAUGUUGUCCGCCCCCCGCUUGGCGCAGUCCCAAGUUCUCACUUUCAGGGCAACAAUAACACAGGCAGAUUUGGAACCAAUGGAGAAAUAGAAGAAGAAAGAGAUCCCCUUCCGAUUACACAUUCUCCAUUUACAUACAAUAAUCCCGUUAACAGAAAAACACUCGAUUACGAAAAAGAGGAGGAAAGUCAAUCUCACGAGGUAUUCGACUUUCACGACCCUGUGUAUUUUCCUUCAUUUCCGGAUAAUAUAUCUUUGGGGAGCCACUAUGAUCUAAAAAGCAAAAAGAACUGCCAUUGGAGGAAAUGGUUUGUCUUUGUUUUUAUAUGUGUGUGUGCCUCUGGUGUAGCAGCAUGGAUUGUUCAAAAAGAAUAUGGUAUGCACAUUAUAAUAAAGUUAACAUUAGUAUAACUUGUCUUCCUGUCAAUACACAUUAUUUGUUUUUUUAUUUUGUUUAAGAAUGAUUAAGUAUAAAGUGGCCAGAAAAAAGUAAAUAUUCCAAGCAUAACAUCAUAUUGCAUGUCUUGCGCUAUCCUUUUUCAACACUGUAAAAAUAACAUGAGUGCAUUCAAACAAAUAUACUGCUGCAAAGUCUUCUAGCUUCUUUUAUUAAUUUGUAAAUGUACAAAUGGAUACCAGGAUUAAAAUUAAAACCAAAUUGGGAGACUUUAUUCAACUGUUCACCCUCUUUGAAACCUUAAGUAUUCAAUAUAGGAUUUAUCGCCAAAUAUUCAAUUUGUGAAACUUCUAGUACAUGUUUUUUUUUCACGACACCUGAUUCGAAAGGCAUAUAGUUUUAAGUCAUUGCGUUCCUCCGU